UCGUUCCGGUUAGGAUCCAGCGCAAUCUAUCCGUCAGCUCUGAGGAUUCUCUCGCCGAUCACGCUCAAAUCGUCACACCCCAAAAUCGAUUGAUUAACUUCGCCGCCGCGUCAGAGAAGAGCCCUAGAGAGAGCUCGUUUUCACCAAACUAGAGUUAUCUCCGACUCGCCUCCCUCCGAUGACCUCUCGCGGAGAGAGGGAAGGUAACAACACAGAUCAGGAAGGCGUUACAGGGAGGAAGCAGAAAGGAUGUCGCUGCAGGCAGUCUAAAUGCUUAAAGCUGUACUGUGACUGCUUUGCGUCUGGAGUGUUAUGUAACGACUGUGAUUGUGCUGAUUGCCAUAACAACGCUGACAACUCUUAUGCAAGAGAAGCAGCUGUUUUGAAUUUACUAGAUCGUAAUCCAAAUGCAUUCAAAGGAAAGCCUCCCAGCUUUUCAAUUGACAAGCAGGCUGCAACUGAUACUAAACUCGGACUGCUUUCGAGAGGAUGCAAAUGCAAAAGAACCAAGUGCCUGAAGAAGUACUGCGAAUGCUUUCAGGCUAAUGCUCUGUGCUCUGGCAACUGUAAAUGCAUCAACUGCGAGAAUGUCAGUGCUCUAGGAGCUACUAACAGACACAACGUCGGCUUUAAUACUCCUGAUAAUUUGAUUUGUGCUCCUCAGAGUUCCCUACAGGUAUACCGGAGGAGAAGAUACAGAGAGUUGUUACCUGAGUGGAAUUCGUGUCCAGCUCCUUUAAGUUCGAUGCCUGACAAUUACAUUCUUGAUUCUCUCGAGUACCCUAUGUACAGCUCUCCUAAACUCCCUUACAGAAAGAAAAGGUCACGGCUAGGAUGUAACACUCCCAAACUUGUUCCAGACUUGGGGGAUCUAAGAUCGCUUCUCUUAGCAGCAUCUGAAUCUGCUACAGCCAAUGCAGGUUUACAAGACAAGAACAGGAUAUGUAUAAAGCCUGAUGAUAAGGAGCUAUGGAAUGAGUCUGAGAGCGGUAUUGUGGAAGAAGAAGAUAUACAAUCCUGUGGAAGAUUGAUCCAACUGAUUGAUGCUCAAUACAACGACGAGGUGAAUUCCCAAACCAAGACAAGUUCCCCUGAAAGAGAUGUAUACAUGGAGCAGGAAAGAGCAGUGCUUGAAACUUUCAGAGACUGCCUCCACAAGUACAUGAAGGUUGGAUUCAAGAAAGGUACUAACUACUACCACUUUUAGUUUCUAUUUUGUGACAAGCACAGAGACACAGAGUUGAACCGUUGAAUUAGAGAGACAAAUCAAGAAGUCUUAAACAUUAAACUCACAAAUCGAAACCACACAUUAAUAAUGGAACUACAAGAGCUAUCUCAUUCCCACAUAGCAACUUCCAUGAACCCAUCCUCAGUUGCACAUCCUCUGAACAUCCCA